GCAAUGGGUUUAUUCCGCUGCCGUUGACGUCAUGUGGCAGAGGGAGGUUCAGGCGCUGCCUCAGCCGAGAUGGCGGCUUGCCUCAGUCCGGGGAAGGUGCAGUCGUGCUGAGCGGACCCACGGAUCAAGGCGGCCGGUCAGAGGAUGCUGAGGGGCGGGAUAUUGCCGAUGCAGACGCCGUGAAUCAGCCGCCCGCCCUCAUUGCCGCUCGGAGCGUGUGUGCGGCUGCAGCGAGCCGGGCACGGCAGGUGGACCCUCGGCUCGCCCCGCACCCCUGCGCCCGCCCGGGACCAUGGCCGCGGAAGGUGAGCUGCUCAAGGCGCAGAGCAUGGAGCAUUACAAGGCUGAGAUUGAGAGGCUGGCCCGAGAGCUGUCCGAAACGACCCACGAGAAGAUCCAGGCUGCAGAGUACGGGCUGGUGGUGCUGGAGGAGAAGCAGUCGCUCAAGCAGCAGUACGACGAGCUGGAGAGCGCCUACGAGACAGUCAAACACGAGCUGGAGCAGCUGAAGGAGGCAUUUGGACAGGCAUAUUCCAACCAUCGCAAAGUUGCAGAAGAUGGCGAGACCCGUGAGGAAACUCUUCUGCAAGAGUCUGCAUCGAAGGAAGCAUAUUAUCUUAGUAAGAUUCUGGAGCUGCAGACAGAGUUGAAGCAAGCCAGGACCGUUGUGGUAAACGUCCAGUCUGAAAAUGAACGGCUCAGUGCUGUUUCAUUGGAUCUAAAGGAGAAUAAUGAAAUGUUGGAGCUACAGCGAAUACGAAUGAAAGAUGAGAUCCGAGAGUACAAGUUUCGUGAGACACGACUCCUGCAGGACUACACUGAGUUAGAAGAGGAGAACAUCACUCUACAAAAGCUUGUCUCAACCCUCAAGCAAAAUCAGGUAGAAUAUGAAGGACUCAAACAUGAGAUUAAACGUCUGGAAGAGGAGACAGUACUGCUCAAUAGUCAGCUGGAAGAUGCCAUACGGUUAAAGGAGAUUGCUGAACACCAGUUGGAAGAAGCGCUGGAGACAUUAAAGAAUGAACGUGAACAGAAGAACAAUUUGCGCAAGGAACUCUCACAGUAUAUAAACAUGAGUGACAGCAUGUACAACAACCACAUAAACAUUGCUGUUGAUGGACUAAAAUUUUCAGAGGAUGGCAAUGAACCUAACAAUGAUGAUAAAGUAAAUGGACACAUACAUGGCUCAUUGGUAAAACUCAACGGUGAUUACCGAACAUCAACAACCAGAAAAACUGACAGCCCAGGUCUGGUCUCUGAUCUGUUCAGUGAGCUCAACAUUUCAGAAAUGCAAAAACUUAAGCAACAGCUUAUACAGGUAGAGCGAGAAAAAGCCAUACUCCUGGUCAAUCUUCAGGAAUCUCAGACACAACUGGAGCACACCAAGGGCGCACUGACCGAGCAGCAUGAACGAGUCCACAGUCUGACAGAGCACGUCAAUGCAAUGAGGAGGCUCCAGGUCAACAAGGACUUAAAGACCGACCUGGAAAAUGAAAAAGGACGCGAGUCUGGGGAAGAAACUCAUGACUAUGAAGUGGAUAUUAAUGGACUGGAGAUUCUGGAGUGCAAGUACAAGGUUGCAAUCACGGAGGUAAUAGAUCUCAAAGCCGAACUUAAAAGCUUGAAGGAAAAGUACAACAAGUGUGUGGAGACGUACACCGAAGAGAAGACCAAAUACGAAAACCGCGUGCAAGAACUGGACAAGCAAGUGAGCUGUCUGGAGAAAAUGAACAAGGAAUACAACGACAAGAUCACGCACUUUGAAACAGAAAUUAAGUCAUUGACAGUCAUGGCAAACGAGGGCCAUAACACGCUCAACGCAGCGCAGGAUGAGCUGGUGACCUUCAGCGAGGAGUUGGCACAGCUUUACCACCACGUGUGCUUGUGCAAUAACGAGACCCCAAAUAGGGUGAUGCUGGACUACUACCGGCAGAGCAGGGUGACCCGCAGCGGGAGCCUGAAGGGGCCGGAUGAUCCUCGAGCUAUCUUGUCUCCACGGCUUGCCCGCAGGGGCCUGGCUUCGCCGGUUGACUCCAGAAACUCGCCGGAGCAUUUGCCGAAAGAGGUCGGGAAAGACAACGCACAGCAGAGCCCAACGAAGGCAGUCAGCGCCUCGGGCUCACCCGCAGUAAUGGCGCCUCCCUCCUCACCCGUCUCCGACACGAGUGACAUCAGGAGAGAGCCCAUGAACAUCUACAACCUGAACGCCAUCAUACGGGACCAGAUAAAGCACCUGCAGAAGGCAGUGGACCGGUCUCUGCAGCUGUCCCGGCAGCGGGCAGCCGCACGGGAGCUGGCCCCGAUGAUUGACAAGGACAAGGAAGUUCUGAUGGAAGAGAUCCUGAAGCUGAAGUCGCUGCUGAGCACAAAACGCGAGCAGAUAGCGACGUUACGGACGGUCCUGAAGGCCAACAAGCAGACAGCAGAGAUUGCCCUGGCAAAUCUGAAGAGUAAAUAUGAAAAUGAAAAAACCAUGGUGACCGAGACGAUGAUGAAACUGCGAAACGAACUCAAGGCCCUGAAGGAGGAUGCAGCGACCUUCUCGUCCUUACGUGCCAUGUUUGCCACCAGGUGUGAUGAAUAUGUGACGCAACUGGACGACAUGCAGCGGCAGCUGGCAGCGGCCGAGGAUGAGAAGAAGACGCUGAACUCCCUGCUGCGUAUGGCGAUCCAGCAGAAGCUGGCCCUUACACAGCGGCUCGAGGACCUGGAGUUCGAUCACGAGCAGUCUCGGCGCAGCAAGAGCAAGCUGGGGAAAAGCAAAGUUGGCAGUCCAAAAUUUUUUGUAGAUUGUCAGCAGUCUGCUACCUCCAUAUCGCCACACUGCUCACAACUAGACAGAGGAUGUGACUCAGAAACUGAAAGUCCUAAUAUAGCUCUCCAGGAAGAGCAACCACAUUCCAGAUCAAAAUGUGUCCCUCUCAGAUGUAUUUCUAAGACUCCUCCCCAAUCCUAGUCAUGCCACAGGAUGUUAUCCACUGGAGAAAGAAGCAAGAUUCCACUGGCACUGAUGCAUUGCCAGGAAAGCCCAGAGGCUCUCCUAUGUUGCUUCACUGCUGAGCCCCAAUUCCUAUUGAUGGUGGGAACAAAGAAGAGAAUGUUGACCAACGUGAAAUGUGAAGCACUGAGCAUUUGUCUGGAAAACCUCCUUUGCUGUUAUUUUCCCCUUCCUCCAUCUCUUAUUUUGGAGUAUAAAGGCUAACUAACUUUUGUGAAACAAUAGCUCACAGUUGCUUGGUUUUUGCCUGUGAAACACAAGUAGAGAUCGGAAAAAGGGGGCAGAGAAAAGCACUAAUAUAAUUAAUUUGCAAAUGAUGGAUAUCAGUCAUUCAGCAUCUGAGAUUAGAAACAGGAGUUGAUUUUGAUGUGUGUUUCAGUAAUUUUGGCAGCAUGAGGUGAUGCAUUUAUUUUGUAAGUUUGUCCAAACCAAUGUUUCAGUAUAUUGUGCACUUCUUUGAUUUUAUGUUUGAUUUUUUAAAAUUUAUUGGAUGAUCUUUGGUAGGAAAUUAUUAUUUGGAAAUGAUGUUGUGAUUGUCUAAAAAGAAAAAAAAACAGUAUUUUGACAUGAUUAGCAUUCCUAGACUAUGCUGUUACUAUGCCAAGAGUGGGCCAUCAUAAUGGUCUGUGGCAAUGGUGGCAACUGUGAACGAAGCAUCAGUUCUUCUUAACUAUUUGCAUUUCUGAUGCCAGAGAUCUGCUACUGCAUUUUUAUUUAUUCAUUUGUCCUUGUAUUUAACUUGUAAAUGGAUGCAUUUGAUUUGUACCUUUUCAUAAAACCAGAGUAUUAUAAUAUUUAUUUGAUGUUUGGGGUAGGUAGCAAACAGAGAUUGCUUGAUCUGCCAUGUUUUUUUUCAAAAGGUUGUUGCUAAUAUUAUUGAAUAGCUUUUUUUGCUUCCAGGUCACAGUAUUAUUAAUUUGGUGCUUCUGUUGAGCAAAAAACGGGAUAUUAUUGCCAGGACAGUAUCUUCUAAGAUAACUGACUAAAUAGGCUACAAACAUUUUUCUAUAUUGUGUGCAAGGGCUUGGAACAUUUAUCUGUAAGUAUAAUGUCUUAAGUGUGACAAAUUUUACAUCUUGUUAGAUAAACGUAUCCAAGGACCCCCAUAGACUGGUGUUGAUAUUUGAAAUAUCAGAAUUAAUUGUGUUAUCACCAUGGAUCAGUAUUAGUAGAGUUUGAAGAGUUCUACGAGGCUGAGCAGACCAUGGGAACAUGUGAACAAAUAUGUGAAGGGCAUGGACAGUACAGUUAUUAGAAAAGUAAAGAUGGGACUCUUAAUGAUUAUUCCCCUUGUCGCAAAAUGAAUAUUCCUUCCACUUAUACAGUCAAACAUACUUCUGAAUCUCAUGAAGCCAAGAGUUUUCUGCCAGAUGUUUACAUUUUCGUUUUCCCAAGGUGAAGUUGGCAAAAAGCUGUGUAUCUGUUGACUUCUUUUUCAGUUUCCUGUCCAGCAUAUUUCACUAUUUGCACAAUUCAUGCACAGUUGUGUUACUAUACAAUUUUAAUUUAUGUUAUAAUUUAGUUUAUGAAGUUAAAUAACUUAUUACUGGAUGCUAUUUUGAUUUGUACCUUUUCAUAAAACACUGUAUGCAAAUAGUAUAUAUGCAAAUAGUAGAUAUUAUGUGUGUAUAUAUAGAUACCAUUUUGUAAUUAUUCAUUUCUAUUAACAAAAUUCUGGGAACACAAUGGAUCCACACCAGUGGCGUAACUGUGUAUUGCACUCAUGCCGUGCAAAACAUUUGUUGUGCGGAUCAACCUUUUUGUGAUGUGAGAGGAACUUCAGCCUGAUAGUCUUUUUUUUAUGAAAGACUAUUCUCAGCACUGCCAUCAUAAGGCAAAGGAAUACAUCAUACCCAACUGGUUAAAGAGUCACAGUAAAAGGGCAAUCGGUUAACAAAGGGCACCCGUCUUGAUGGAAGAUGAAAUAUUUGGGAAAACUUCAUUUUAAAUUAGUGGGCAAAUAGAUCACAAGAAAAAUGAACUACAUGAAAGUACUCAUGUUAUUGGAGCUCAAUGUCAUUGUGCUGAAAAUACUACACAGUUCUUCUUGGUAUGAAAAAAUUUGCCAAAUUAUUCUUCCUGAAGACUGUGCCCUUUUAUGGAUAUAUUACAAAAAUAUUACUAACUUUAUACAAGCUAAUAUGUUACAUAUAACAAUUUAUGACUAAAGUAAGAAGCAACUAAUCUACUUAGAAUUUUUAAAAAGUUGUUUCAUAAAAACUAUAUGCCAAUAUAAUGGGCCACAGAAAAAGACUGUUUAGAUUCUUUUUUUAUGUCCAUUUGGAAACUGAGAUCUGAUCUGCAGCCCACUCCUAUAUGCCACAGCUACAACAAAGGCAGUAUGAUCAGAUUGAUUAAGAAACCACUGAAGUAGAAUUUCAGCAAUUAAUUGAAAUGAUUUCCCUAAAUUUUGUACACACCCUGAGUCAAUAAAGUGAAUCUGCAUAGGACUGCUUCAGCUGAACAGAGUGGGUAAUAAAUGUUGUGGCAACUGAAAAUCUCUGUUAUACUCCUCGGUAUACCAGUUUUGAAAAGAACACAAAUUAUGUUGCAUUCAGUUUGUAAAUAUUUGCAAUUUAUACUAAAAUCAACAACUGCUGAUUAUGUGCAGUUAUCUACACUGAACAGGCAAAUUGUGAAUAAUGACUUAAGUGAAUGCCAUAAUCAUCGCUCUGCUCUCCUUGCCUUCCAAUUUGUUGAUGCGUUGAUCGCUACAAUCAUGAUUGCUCUCAGCUAAUAUCCUGUUUCUUUUUACAAUCCAUUUGUGAACAAUGACGAAAAAUUCUAUUGUUACUGACAUUGUUAAAACAUCCUUGACAGGAUAUCCUUAGUUAGUCUGGACUGCUAUCAAUUGGCGUUGAACAAAGUUCACAGUGUGAACAGGAUUGCAAAUGAUGUUGCUGUUACUGUAAAGAACAAGCUGAAUUCAACUGAACCUAAAAUUGUGCACAAAAUCUAUUUUUGUUGUUAAGUUACUUCAUGUGUAUUUUUAUAUUUCCAACAAAGUAUAUUAGUGAGAUAUAUUUUCCAUGGUAUCCAGCUGGAAUGUUAAAUAUUUUGACAAAGCAGCUGGAUGUCGCAAAGGAUAAAGCAGUUUAAAUUACCCACCCUGUCAUAUAUAUUAUAUAAAGAAAUUAAAAAUUGCAGUAUUAAUGUUCUGUCACUUAAUGUUACUGGCACACUAGGAAAACAUUAUGGGCUACAUAUUUCUCUCUGGUAACUUGAGCCACAGAGGAAUAUGUAUUUCUAUAUUAUUCAAAAAGCACACAAAAGGCAUUUAAAGAUAAAACAUCAUUACUGCACUGAUAUUCUUUCCAUCAUGACUCUUGAAUCCAAUAACAUUGGGCUCAUGAAAAAUUGAAUAUUGAAAUAUGAGAGAUUAUUGACUUUAGAAUCCUGGAGAUAAUGGUUGUUUGCAUGUUGUUAGCUAUUUUACAGCAAGGGUUAGUUUUAGGAAUUAUCUAAUUAUUUGUCUUCAGUGUUGAUGCUUCUGUAUAAAACUUCAAUUGAUGAUCUACCACACCCUAUACCACCACCCCCAUCGCCAACCCUUCCCAGCCACUUGUUGUCCAAGCAGCUAGCUCAAGAAUUGGAAAACAGAUACGUUGAGAAUGGAUAAAAAACUUGAUGCACCUUAUCUUCUUUCUUUCUCCCCCUGCAGAAUGGUUUCAGAUUAAAGUUUAAAUUAUCAGUCUUGCUGAGAUUGUAACCCGUGUGAAACCAUUGUACUUAGCCAGAGUACUCUUGAGUUCUCAGGGUUGGCAAGGUCAUACGCACAAGUGUCUUUCCCAAUUCUGCUUUGGACAUGUUGAUCUUGUACUAGCACAAUGAAAAUCAGCAGCUCCAAAAAUAUCAUCUCAGCCUUUUCAUUAUAGAUGUAGUAUUUUAAAUGUGUUGUUUGAUGGGAACUCCCUUGUGUCCUAAUUCAAACCAUAAUGGUAUGUGUGAUUUUUUUUAAAAUUACAGUAUUUUAAAAGCCUUCCAUUACCCCAAGACUAAAAUAUACAUCUCAUCUGGCUCUUUUUACAUUGCUGAGUUCAAAAAAACUCCUCUGUUCACUUUUAGCAAGUUCUUGUAAACCAAUUUAUUUCCUAGAUAUUUGUGUUUGUUGCUUCUGUUGCUAUAGGACUACCUGAAAUCCAGGAAUGGAGAUUUCUAAUAUAUAGCAGGCAACCAGCGGGUUGUAUAAUGUAUAUGUCACUGCCUUAUGAAAAUACAAUCACAAACACAAACUGCUCAAGGUGUCUCACAUGAACACUGGCAAAUAAAAGUAACUUAUACAGAUCUGGUUUACUAGAAAUUUACUGAAAAUAUGACUGAAGGUUCUUUUUUUUGAGUCUAUAGUGUAUACUUUCCAUUUCUGGAUACUAUUUAAAAUAUGUAAGCUUCUAAUUUGAAUUUCUUUUUGCACUACCAACACUUUCAAUAUUGUAGAGGUUUAAGUAGUGAGGUCUUCUAGAAUAAUGAUUAAAACCCUUGUGAUCUCAUUUUAUUUUAUUAUCUCAGCCUUAAACUUGAGUUCUUAUGUAUAAAAAAAAUAUAGUUGAAAACAGAAGACAAUGAAUCGAAACAAACUAAUCUCUUUUCACAGAUCAGCCUGACUUAGCUGCUUUUUCCCUACAAUAUUCUCUCUCUGGAACCACAUGGGUAUAACUGUACUCUACCAAAACUGUGCCAUUUUACUUUACUUAGCCUGCCAAGGUAUUACAUUUUUAACAGAUGCUUAUUUCAAUUUUCUUUAAAAAAAAUUGUUUCUCUUACUGUCAGUGUAAAACCAUUCAGAUUUCCACAUUGGACACAGUUUGAAGAUUACACAGGCAGAAUACACACUCUUCUGACCUAUGCUUCUUGGUCCCUAUUCAUUGCCAAUUGAUUGAAGGUCAUAAGUAAACUACAUGAACAUACAAGUGGGAUUUUCUUCACACCUGCCUUUGGUGUAAUACCACGAGUGUCUUUUUAAGAGCCUUGGUAGAUUUAAAAUUUUUCUCCCUUAAAAAUAAGUUUUGUUAGACAGCAAACAGCUUGCCCAAAGAAUGGUUCAUAUUAAAGAUACGUUGAGAUUAAUAUUAUAACUCAGUCAAAUGUGCAAAGAGAACAAACAUUCAUAAGAUGUGAAAAGAACAAAGCCACACCACCAACACAUGAGUCGGAAGUAAAGUCUUAUUUAAUGGUCAGUGUCCAAUCCAAGUGCAGAGAUGAGAUUCCAUUUAAGAGCAAGAAGACAGGCAUUACUGCUAGAAUCUCUGAUUUACUAGUGUUGUCAUUAAAUCCAACCAUCACAUUUUCUCGGUGUUCAGAAGAGUUUAAACAUCAGAUAGUCUUUUUAAUCAUUGUUCUGUAUGAUAUAGGCUGCUUUUGGGAUUGCUAUGAGUCAUAUAUUACAUCAAACAUCUAUGGUAACAAUUGCCUUUAUUGGAAGUAAAAAUGUGAUGCAAGUUCAACACAAAAUCAGAGGUGGUUUGGUAGAUAGAUUACACCUUAUUGUAUACUAUUAUUCUCAGGUCAGUGGAGAUGAAUAUUUGACAGAUCUCCACAUGUUAAAAGUACUGAUGUCACCUUAAGGUAGACCUAUAAGCAAUCUAUCUUUUAAUGGCAUUUAUUCAGGCUUCAUUGAUUUUUACGCUGGAACAUAAUUUGACCUGAUCGAAGUCACUUAGGUGGUAUAGCCAUCUCCUUGGCUUUGAACUUUGCUUUGGUCAACUCUGGCCAAACUCACUGAAAUUUUGCUUUCCUAUGUGACAGCUUCAAGGCCAGAAUUACAUCACAUUUAUUCCCUUUCCUUUCUCCAUUGCAGGAGUAAAUCUAGAGUCAUUUUCUAUUCCAGCAGAUAAUACCUGGAGUCUGAACUAUUAUUACAAAAUUGAUUUUUUUAUAACAUUAAUUGUUCCAUGCCUAUUUUGUGCCUUUUUGCAAUGCCAAUAAAGUCAUAAAUUUAAAUUUGCAUGUGCUAAAUACCUGAAAAGCAGCUAUUUGUUUAACUAUCCUUAAAAAAAAAUCCAUUUUAAAUUGUAUAAUGCACAUAGCAGAGAAGUGCAGAUAAGUUGAUGUACUAUAUGGUAUGUACUGCCCUGAAUGGGUUGGUAUCUUAGAAUUCUUAUACUUCCAUACUCUUCAUAUUCAGCUUCAUACAGUACUCAUCUCCCUUGCUGAAAUUUGUAAUUUGAGAUGUAUAGUAACUAUUUGGUUGAUUAGUAGACUUUAGGAAUGGUAUUAGUGGAUUGAUCCUUUGAAUUUAGUGUGUUUGAUUCUGGUCUGUAUACAACUGUUGGAUUUCUUUCCCUUGGAUUAUAAAACAUGUAAUGGAAGUAUUCCUUUGUACUAAAACAAGUGAAUUCUUAUAUUACUGUGUAUAUUGUAAAUCAGACAAUCUAAGAUUCCCAGCUUUGAAAUUGGCUCCUUUUUUUGUGUGACCUAGUUUGAAAUUAAUCCUACCAAAGGUUGAAAAGGGAAACCAGCCACGAGGCCUUUGACCGAUUUGGAAACACGAAUCUGGAGCAAAAGCUGUCUCCUUUAUUUGAGUGGAUGUGGACUGACAGCACCAUCAUGGUGUGGUUUUAAUGCCUAGGCUGCCCAUUCCUGCCCUUGAGAUGGUGAAAAGGCUAUUGAAAAGCUUCAGAGAUGGAAAAAAAAGCAAUUUAUCUGUUUUUAAAUUAUUUCUUAAAAAGCAACAUAAAAUGGUGUAAUGUGUAAUUGUUUCCAAUAAAGAGGAGACAGUUUGUUUCUUGUG